GCCGGUAUAAAAUCGAAGCGCCAGGUUCUCUCAAAGCUCCACGUGAAACUGGCGGUAAGGCGCGUGCCACACUCGAGCUCAGUGACUAAAACAAUAUAAAGAUGUAUAGGUUCAAUCGAUCCACCAUGAUGCAGCCCAUGAUCAACUAUGGCAUGGGAAUGGCUCCUUUCUUCAAGGUAACUGUGUUUGAGCAGGAACACUUCCAGGGAAAAUGUCAGGAGUUCACCUCAGAAUGCUGCAACAUCCAGGAGUGUGGCUUCGACAACAUCCGUUCUAUUCGCGUUGAGAGUGGCGCCUGGGUGGGUUAUGAGCACCACGACUUCCAGGGACAGCAGUUCAUCCUGGAGAGAGGAGAGUAUCCUCACUGGGAUGCCUACAGUGGAAACCUGUCAUACCACGUGGAGAGACUCGUGUCUUUUAGACCUGUCUACUGUGCUGUGAGUUAUUCCCUCCCUUUUAUGUGCUAGAAAUCUUAAAGGCAUAUAGUAUUUUGU